AUGAAUGGGCAGAGCUGUUCACCUUACGACAUCUUUGACUCAGGUCAUUCAAUCACUAAUGCCACUCUAUCAGCCUUUUGUCCCAGCCAGUGUGCAAUAGCUGUGAACAUUUUCUUUGAAGCUGCUUGCAACUUGAGCUACAGUGAGAUUGUCUGCUCAAGAAAUGAGAACAACACUCGCUACUGUGUCGACUUUCAAUACAUUGAUGAUCGACUCUCGGGAGAUAUCCUUGGGCCAAUGCGAGCUGCAUGUCUCGACACCAACUGUAGCCAAUCAGAUGCUUGCAAUGCUUCUGUGCAAGCACUACAUUGUUGUUUAAAUCAGGCAAAUCGAUAUUUGACUGAGAUUGAUGGACGACCUGCUCUACUCUCCGGUGACUGCACUGUAGUGAGCUCUGUGUGCAACGUACCGGACAUAACACCACUAACUACUGAACCACCAUCACCAACUAAUAUCACCAGUACUAGUAUUACGUCUGGAGCUGGGGAUGUAACUGCUGUGGUGCAUUGGACAGUUGUCAUGGCAUUGCUUGUAUAUAUCUGUAUGGACUUAUUAAUUAACCAACUACAGUGCAAGCAACCUAGAGAGUAG